GUGCAAGCCAUGGACACAAACAAAAUAUCAUUUGGCUUUAUUAAAGUGACCAAGAAGCCGAACAUUUUGCCCAGCAAAGUCGCAAAAGAGGAAAACAGAGUGGAGCUCAUAAAAUGCGUGGAGGGAAAGGAAAUCAAGCUGGUCGCCGAAAGAGCAGAGGCUGCGCCACUGGUUAUACAAAUGCAGCGCAAUCAAAAGACCUCUUCGGCGCUUGCAAGUUUAAUGAAAAGGAGGCAAGUUCUGCUUGGAGAGGAUGAGCCAGAUCCCGAUGAGUCGACAUCCGCACCUCAAUCAAUUGCUGAGGUCACUGCAGCAACUUCGACUGACAGUCUGGAGCAAAGGGCAGCACGGGAAUUGCUAGCUGCUGCCCAAGCCAAUGGAAGCGAAAAUCUGAAGGGGGAGAAGCUCGUCCUGCCUGCCGUAAAGGCGGAUGAUCUACCCCUAGAAGGUGCCAAAGAAGCCAGCUUAGAUGAUUAUGAAUCCAUACCCAUUCAACAGUUUGGCCUGGCCAUGCUGCGUGGCAUGGGGUGGGUAGACCCCCCACCCAAAAAAAAAGGAUCAGCACCUGUUGACGAGGCGCCAUUCCUGCGGCCAAAGGGCAUGGGCCUUGGAGCUGACAAGGCACUCAAACCCAUGGCCCUUCUUGUGCAGCCGGAAAAUAAUGAGGUGCUGGAGAUCAAAAAGCAAGCAUUUGUCCGCAUCCUAGGUGGAAAACAAAAGGAUCAAUACGGGCAAAUAGAGGGAUUCGAUGACCAUGCGGGGCGAGUGAUUGUCAAAAUGGCAAUUGGUGGCAACAAGGAGGCAUUCAAUGAGUUUCUCUGUCAGCCAGUAUCCCGGAAGGAGUACUCGCAGUAUGGAAAGUGCAUAAAUAGUGCCAAAUACAAUGAGUUCAAAAAGCAGGAGAACGAACAUGGCCAAAUCAUUGUGAGGCAGGAAAAACCAUCGGAAGUCAGACACAGAGACCGUAGGGAGGAGAGCAAGUCGAAUAGGAAUGAAGAUAGGGAGCGAAAAAGCUUUAAGAAGGAGCAUCAGAGAUCAUUUAAAGAUGAAGACCGACGGAGCUGCAAGGAUGAAGACCGCAAGUCAUUAAAAGCGGAAAAUGACAGGUCGGAGAAAGUCGAAAGCAGACCCAACAAGGCGGAGGAUCGAAAGCCACAAAAACUGGAGGACCACGGAGAAAGAAAGAAAUAUAUCCAGGACCCGCGAAGCAGCAGUACUUCCACAUCCAGGCCGAGCACCAUACAUGAGCGUGAGCGGCGUCGAUCACCGAGCCCAAGAAGCAGUCGGAGACAGAAGAGCAGCUCAGACGAGGCGGACGACACUGGAGAGUCCACGGAAAGUGAUUCGGACUCGGCCUACGAGCGCAAAAAAUACAAAAAAAAGUCUACUAAGAAGUCCAAGAAGCACGCAAAGAAAUCUAAGAACAAGACGUGUCGGGCCAAUGACUCCAGCGCGGAAAGCGAUGAUAGCUUGGAAGAUCAUCGCCGGCACCCAACGAAGCACAAAAAGAAAACAAAGAAGAGCAAGCAUGCCCGAUCACGGUCCAGAUCGCGGGGACGGGGCAAAUAAUAGGCUGAUUUUAUCUAUUCAUUUGAAUUCUUUAUUUAAUAUAGUUAGACGCUUAGGUCUCAUUUGUAUCUUAGGCGGAAUUAUCAUUAAAUUUCAGUUAACUCAAAAUAA